AUGAACUCGCAGCUGCGGCACUGGAAAGAAGCGGCGACGCUGCUGCUGGCGGCGGGCACGCCGGCGCGGUUGCCGCGCUCCCCGCUCGGCCCCUUUGAUUAUGAGCUGCUGCUGCUCCAGCGGAGCUCCCGCAGUGGCUUCAUGCCCAGCGCCCACGUCUUCCCGGGGGGCCUGGUGGAGGCGGCGGAUUUUUCCGCCGACUGGCUGGGGCUGCUGCCCGCCGCGCCUCAGUGCGGGCUCGGCCUCGUGAAGCCGCCGCCUCUCGGCAGCAGCCGGGCCCCGCUCUUCGCUACCGACCGGGAGCGGCUGGGCUCGCCGCUGCCGGGGGAAGUCGCCUUCCGCAUCUGCGCUAUCAGGGAAACUUUCGAGGAGGCGGGAAUCUUGCUGCUGGUGCCGGGGCGCGGGCCGGCGGCAGGCAGCGGCCCGGCCCCCCCGCUGUCAGCGGAGCGCUUGCCCCCCGCCGCAGAGCUGAGCGAGUGGCGGUGCCGGGUGCAGGAGGACCCGGCCUGCUUCUUGCAGCUGUGCCGGCACCUGGACUGCGUCCCCAAUAUUUGGGCGCUGCAGGAGUGGAGCAACUGGCUGACCCCCGUGGGGAGGGCUGGUCGCGGCGGCCGACGCUACGACACGGCUUUCUACCUGUGCUGCCUGGAGAAGCGGCCGCCCCACACCUCGCAGGACGACCAAGAGGUGACAGCCUUCCUGUGGUCAUCACCUCCUGAAGCCAUUGAAUGCUUUAAAUCUGAAGAAAUAUGGUUUCCUCCACCUCAGUUCUAUGAAUUGUGUAGGCUGUGCAACUUCUCAUCACUCCAUGAGUUACACAAGUUCAGCUCUGAUCGAGCUCUAGAGGGAUGUGAACGUUGGAUGCCUGUGAUGUUAACUGCUUCAGAUGGCUACAUUCAGCUAUUGCCAGGAGAUGAGUUAUAUCCAGAAGAUCCAGAUUAUACAGGAGAAAAGAAAAUAAUCAUGUCAACAGAUAAGAGGGUUGAAGAUCUCAUGAAAGAGGGUAGUAUAUUUCACAGGAUAGUAAUAAAAACCAUCAACAAUCUUGCUGUCUAUGUUAAUAUUCAAGCAAAAUAUAAACAUAUGAAUCCAUUGAUGAUAAACUCUGAUUGUUCAGAUUUCAAUAGCAGAUUAUAAUAUCCAAUUAGUUUAAAGCCAGGCUAUUUUUAAUUACAUAUAUAUUCACUGUGAGUUUGGUCCUUUCUAACCAUUGCAAAAUAGUCAGGAAAAUAUUCCUUUGUCUUGCCAAAGCAUUUUCUGUGUGUGGUUUGAGAGUUAUACAUACCUAAUUCUUUAAGCCUUUCAAACAAAAGUUAUGCCAGUUACAAUGUUUAGAGGCUACUGAAAAUUUAACAUAACCAUCAACUUAAUUUUUAACUUAAAUGUGAUUUGAUGGUAAUUAUACCAAGCCAUUACCACCUUGUUCUGCUUACAUACUAAUUGCAGAAUAUACUGCAACACUGGUCUGUGGGUCACACAGGUCCUUUCCUCACUGAAAACUGAAGUAUAUAUUAUGCUAAGUAUACAUUAGGUUCAGAAAAAGUAUGUUUCGAGUUGAAGAAUUCUUUUACUAUGCUUCCGAAAGUUACCCAUUAGACAACUGUAACAUGUGUCUAGGAAUGAAUGAAAUCUCCCAUUGCAUACCUGCUGACAUCUCCCAGUCUAUUCUCUUUCAUUUUGGGGAAAAUAAGUAUAUAUACAUUUAUUAGCUAAAAUUAACUUUUAAAAAAAUUAUUAUGAAGUUAAUGAUUCUAUGUGAUAUACCUAAAUUCUUUCUACUAAUGGUAAUCUAUUCAAUACUUUACAAUUUUCAAAGGUAGAGAUAAUUUAGACAAACCAAGUCAUCUAUCAGAUUGAGUGCAUUCUCAGCUUUCUUUUUAUUCAAGGUAAUUUUUAUCUUCAAGUUGUUAGCAAUUUAGAAAAUAGAAAUGUUAUUUAGCUCCAAAGAGAUACCAACAACUUUGGGGAAUAACAUACUACCUUGGAAAUACCCACUUCCAUAUUUCAACAUCCCAUAUUUUGCUUCUCAGCUACUUUACUAAAUAUCUGAGAUUCAAGAACUUCAGAGGAAAGACUGCUGCUUGCUUUUUUAUUUUGGAUUUUUGGUUGGUUGGUUUUGUCUUUCUUGUGGAAUAAGUGGAACAGUGAUAUAAGUUGUUCUUUAUCUGGAAAAAGAAUGAAUGAUGACUUGAGAUUAGCCAGUAAAGUUGUUCAGAAAACU